UCCGGCGGGUUGGUUCCUGUCGACUAGGACCAGGAGUAGAAGCAGAGCUCGGCCAACUGCGAACUAACAGGUUUUGUGAGAGAUUGAAGGCGGCUGCUGACCAUUCUAGGCAGAUGUUGGCUGGUCCGAGAUGAGCGUUACUUUGGACAUCAGACUUAAGAGAGCGAACAAAGUUUAUCAUGAGGAGGAGGUGGUGGCCGGGGUCAUCGUGCUUGUGUGUAAGGAGACCAUGCAGCAUCACGGCAUCUGUCUGAGCAUGGACGGCCUGGUCAACCUACAGCUCAGUUCCAAGAGCGUCGGCGUCUUUGAGGCAUUUUACAACUCAGUCAAGCCGAUCCAACUGAUCAGCAGCAGCAUUGAGGUGGCCAAGGCAGGAAAGAUCCCAGGAGGCAAGACCGAGAUUCCCUUUGAGUUCCCACUGCACAUGAAGUCCAAUAAAGUCCUGUAUGAGACCUACCACGGUGUGUUCGUCAACAUCCAGUACACACUUCGCUGUGACGUGAAGCGCUCGCUGUUGGCCAAAGACCUGAGCAGGACCUGUGAGUUCAUCGUGCAUUCUCAGCCACAGAAAGCUAAAGUUGUCCCUACUAGGGUGAACUUCACCAUCACUCCAGACACUCUACAGAGCAGUCGUGAGAGGAGCAAUUUGCCAAAAUUUCUUAUCCAAGGUCAUUUAGAUGCCACUAACUGUGUGAUCAGUCAGCCGUUGACCGGGGAGGUUGUGGUGGAGAACUCGGAUGUUCCCAUAAAGAGCAUUGAGCUCCAGCUCGUCCGAGUGGAGACCUGUGGUUGCGCUGAAGGUUACGCCAGAGAUGCAACUGAGAUCCAGAACAUUCAGAUAGCAGAGGGGGACGUGUGUCACGGUCUGGCCAUACCCAUCUACAUGGUGUUUCCCCGCUUGUUCACCUGCCCCACCCUGGAGACCACCAACUUCAAAGUGGAGUUUGAAGUCAACAUUGUCAUUGUACUUCACGACGACCAUCUCAUCACUGAGAAUUUCCCUCUGAAGCUGUGCAGAGUCUGAAGAUGAAAUCAUGUCUACACUGAAACAUUCCUCAGCGAUUUGCACCAAGCAUUUUGAGACCACAACCAUGUGAUCUGAGAGGCUUUUCCCAGAAGCUAGAAGAAAAGGUUAAAUAAUAGCUGGAUUCAACUCCUUUAGUAAACACAAUCAUUUAAGUUUAAGUAAUUUUAACUUCAAGCAAGGAGUUGUAGCUUUGGAGGGAUUUAGGAAAACUCAACUCUGGAAAAAAGUGAGAAACAUUUUGAUCUCAUUGGGGAGUAGCCAUUGGCUUCUUGGCAUAACCAUUUUAUUCAGACUUGGAUUGGAUCACAUAAAAUGCCCUUCUGGAAUAAUAAAUUGGACAGUAAACCCAAGGGGACUCAUUUCAGAUUGUUGCUCAACUGGUAACUAAUUUUGUCAACACAGCAUCACCCUGUCCACUUACCACUGGACUGAUGAGGAAAAUGGUUUCCUAUAAGGCAGAAAAUAAUCACUGAUUUAGCAAGGGUCCAAAACAGAAAUCAUUUCUCAUUUCAAUCAGUGAAAACAGAACCUUUUAAAUGCAAU